AUGGGAGAUCAACCGGUGACGAAAACAGAGUUUGAUGGUGCCAUAGCGGCUUUAACCGCGGCCAUCACCGCUCUGACAACACAGGUGACGACGUUAUCCAACAACAACAACAACGUUAACAACAACAACAGAAUCAAUCUGAACAGGGGAGGAGGUCGUGGAAACAAUCAUACGAUGGAUGAUUCGAAUUCAGAAGAGGAGGAGGUCGUGACUGAAGAAAGAAACGAUCGUGGCAAUCACCAUGAUUACCGCGUGAAAGCAGAUAUUCCAUUGUUUUACGGAACGAUGGGAGUAGAGGAAUUUUUAGAUUGGCAGAUUGAUGUUGACAGAUUUUUCGACGUCAUGGACGUCCCUGAGCACAAACAGGUUAAGAUGGUGGCAAUCAGGCUGAAAAGUACCGCCGCUGUCUGGUGGGACAGACUCGUUGUUCAGAGGAAGAGGCAGAAAAAGAAUCCCAUUCGAACUUGGCGGAAGAUGAAACAAUUGAUGCUUGAGAGAUUUUUACCUGAAGAUUAUGAACAAAUUCUGUAUAAAAUGUAUAUUGAAUGUGUUCAAGGCAAGCGAUCAGUGACAGAGUAUACCGCUGAAUUUCUGCGUUUUUCUGAACGUAAUGAAUUGGGCGAAUCAGAAAAUCAGAAAGUGGCUCGUUAUAUCAGUGGAUUGAAAGGAUCCUUGCAGGAGAAGAUGGGUUUGCAAACCGUUUGGACCGUUGCUGAAGCGUCCAACCUAGCUUUGAAGGCAGAAUUGAUGGAGAAAUCGCCCAGAAAUUUCUCCUCCUUCAGAAAGUAUUCUCCCCAGAAUAAUACUGAAUCAUCAGGUGACAAAGAGAAAAGUGCAGCAGCCAGGGAUUCUACUCCUGGUAAUAAGGCAACUGGUAGUUCUAGCAGUGCACCACAAGGCAAAGCCCCAGCCCAAAAACAAAACAAUCCAUAUGCCAAACCCACUAUUGAUUCUUGUUUUAGAUGUAAUGGGAAAGGUCACCGAUCCAAUGUCUGUCCAUCAAGGAGAGUUGCAGCUGUGGUGGGAGAAAGGGACGAUGAUGAUGAGACAGAGCAGCCUGAUGAGGAUGAAUAUGCAGAGGUAGAAUUUGCUGAAGAAGAAUCUGAUGAAAGGGUGAAUUUUGUGUUGCAGCGGAUGUUACUAGCAACUAAAGAAGAAGGUCAGCGCAAAAACUUAUUCAAGACUCAUUGUUCUGUCAAGAAUAAGGUAUGUGAUCUCAUAAUAGAUAAUGGGAGCACAGAGAACUUAGUGUCACAAAAAUUGGUGAAUUAUUUUAAGUUGCCCGCAGAGCCUCAUGAGAAGCCAUAUGCCCUUGGCUGGGUCAGCAAGGGAUCCCAGGUACGAGUGACGCUGUCCUGCAGAGUUCCCAUCUCCAUUGGCAAACAUUAUAAAGAAGAGGUACUUUGUGAUGUUAUUGAUAUGGAUGUUUGUCAUAUUUUACUUGGUAGGCCUUGGCAGUUUGAUAAUGAUAUUACUUACCGGGGACGGGAUAAUGUGAUGAUGUUUACUUAG